AUGUCACAAAUGUGUUUCAUGUCGGUUUUUGCCGGUGAAACAUGCAAAGGACUAUCGGAUUCAUCUUGUCAUUAUGAUAAUUUCAUGACUUUGGUCUCAGGUACGAAUCAUUUGAAAGUCGAUAAGGAAAAUUGUGGGAGCGAAUAUGUUAAAAGCGAAUGGCAAGCAGAACCUAAAGUUAAUUUUGUCGAUGCAAAACACGAUAAAAGUUACACCGUUAUGUGCGUUGAUCCCGAUCCUCCAGGUUACGAAAAAGGACAAUAUUGGCUCCAUUGGUUGGUAUCAAACGUAAAAGGGGAUGAUUUAGCCAAAGGAGAUUUAACUAAAGCCAAACAUUCGUUACCUUAUUACGGGCCAGCCCCACCUGAAGGUUCUGGACUUCACAGAUAUAUUUUCUUGGCAUUCGAACAAGAAAAUGAUAACGUCGAAUUGGAUGUACCUAAAGUAAGAAGUAAAUUUCAUCUCAAUGAAUGGCUCGCAAAACAUACGAAACUCUGUGGCGCGCACGCACGCACGCAGGUACACACAGAAAAAUUUUUCACGUAA